UGUCACAUCGCGGCCUGUUUAGCGACGAUCUCCUACUGCGCUCUCUGUCAUGCAGAGAAAUAGACGACAUUUGUCUCCUGCAACCGGAGCCAGCGCCACGCCGUAAUUUAUACGACCGCGGUUUGCUGGAUGUGGAGGCGAUGGACAGCGACGAGUUUUACCACUUGUUUCGCUUUCGAAAGAUGGACUUGGCAGACCUUGCAUCGGCUCUGCUGAUUCCCGAAGAGGUCGUCAGCGCCCAGCGCGUCCGGGUUCCAGGCAACGAUGCGCUCUGUAUGACACUUCGACGCCUGGCCUACCCCAACCGUUUGUGCGAGCUGGAUCUCUUGUUCAACAGGCACAGCUCUGUGCUGUCAAGCGUCGUGUCUUCAGUACUAGCUCAUAUAGAGCACUACUUCGACCACCUGCUGGCUGACAUGACUACGCACAAGUGGCUAAACUUGCUCGCCGUCGAGAAAUUCUCCGAGGCUGUCCAUGCAAAGGGUGCCCCACUUGAUAAUUGCUGGGCCUUCAUCGAUGGAACGGCACGUCAGAUUUGUCGCCCAAAGGUGGACCAGCAAGAGCACUAUUCAGGGCACAAGAGGCACCACGUGCAAAAAUAUCAAGCGGUGAUGUGCCCAAAUGGCAUAGUUUGCCAACUGGAUGGGCCUUUCAAGGGACGACGUCAUGAUGCGGGCAUUCUCAAGGAAACCAAGCUCUACGAGAACCUUGAGAAAAUCACAAUGGACAGGAAGUUUGUCAUUUAUGGCGACCCAGCCUACCCGUUGCUCCCACUCCUAUACAAGCCAUUUGGAGGCACUACCCUGCAGCCUUAUGAAGCGUUUUUUAACAAGGGCAUGAGCAGGGUGCGACAAGCUGUGGAGUGGGGCUUUGGCAAGGUUGCCACAGAGUUUGCUUUUGUGGACUUCCACAAAAAUCAAAAGAUGUCAUAUCAGAGAGUGGGGCGCAUGUACUGUGCGGCUACCCUUCUUGCCAACUGCCAUACGUGUCUGUAUGGCAGUCAAGUGUCUGACUUUUUUGAUGUUUGCCCCCCGUCACUUGACGAGUAUCUGGUGCCACAUUCCAUAUGA